UGCAGACAGCAGCUGCGAGAUUUUCUAGCAGGCAUCGCCGCGUCUCGAGUGUUACAGCCGAUUUUAAUUUAUUUCGAUUUUUGGAAUAUCGUAUUGAAGACAUAUCGAGAGAUUUUAAAAGUUUUAGGCCCUCUACGCAGCGUAAAUUUGACAACUCAGCUUGAUACCAAGGCGCGGCCCCGCCCACCAUCAUGGCAUUUGAUCCGGGAGACGCGAUUGCCAGAGCUUUGAAAAUGAUGGACCAAUUUUAUAUUAAGAUGAUGCAGUGCAACAUUUUAAAGAUUCAGUCUUUCAAAUAUGAAUGCUUUAACACAAUUAGUCAAGAAUCUUACAUAAAAUUUUGUGACCAGCUCCAUUUAGUGGCAAAUGAAGCUCAGCAAAUACGAGACUGUGUAUUUAACACGCACAAAACUGAUGUCAGCAGCCAAACUGAUCCGGUCAACAUCACAUUCAUUCCCCAGCAUUUGAAAAGUCCCAACCUUGCAGAAAGCGUGUCCCCGCCGAAGUGCAUCAAGGUUGAGAAACCUUUAAUUCCUACCAACGAGGAGGACGAAAGUUUUACUGAUGUACCCAAGCAAAAGUCUUACAAGAGGAAUGAUAUCAUUUGUGACUAUUGUGAACUUCAGUUCAAUUCGUUGGAAAAAAUGCAGCAGCAUGUGAACAUUGCACACUCGGAAGACUUCAGUUCAACAUUUUACCCGUGCCGAGCAUGCAGUUUGAUUUUCCUCUCUCAGGAUGAAUUGAGCGAGCAUUCUGUUUGCGUCCACAAUGUACCUGAAACUGCAGAGCAAAACGAAAACCAGCUUUGCCCCUACUGCUGUGAAGUUUAUUCAAACUGGACUAAUUUCAUCAUGCAUCUGGAAGAGGAACACCAAACCCUGGUUUGCAAAACGUGCCACACUUUCUGCAGUGACAAAGAAGCUUUGAAGGAGCAUGAGAAAAAAUCUCACAUGACGGGAAUUACCCAAGAAAAAAUUGAUGAAAUUGUUGUACCUGUAAUGGAACCGAAACCAGUCUCUGCGGCGUCCUUAAAAGACAAACCAGCUGUGGAAAGCCCUGUUAAGAAAAGAGGCAGGCCCAAAGGCUCCACACUUGUAUCGAAAAGUGCCGCUUCUGAAGUAGUACCAUGCAAAUUUUGCCCUGCCAGGUUCAACAAUGAGGACAGCUUGAAGAAACAUGUUGUUUACAAACACGACAUAGAGGAGUUGCAGUGCUCGGAGUGCAAGCUGAAAUUCAAAAGAGCGUCGGCUUACAAGAGUCACAUGAAUCUUUUCCAUAAAAAAGCCAUAGAAGCAAAGGCGGCUCUUGCAAAAUUAAUUCCAGUUGAAGUUAAGCAGAAACCCGGCUUAAAAAAGGUCUUCUUGAAGCCGCCUAGUAAAGACGAUGUGAAGAAACCUUUGAGCGUUGUCUCCACGCUAAAGGGACAUACCAAACAUAACUGUGAAAUUUGUGGCGAACUGUGCAACCGCACUGAAGACAAAGAAAUACACAAGGACUUCCAUACGACUCCAAUUCCAGAUAAAUUUCUCUGUCUAUUCUGCAAAGCUCCUGCGAUGCCGCAAAAGGAACUGCGCACACACAUUAAAUCUGAGCAUCGUUACCGCUGCCCUUUCUGCGCGCUCACGUUUUGGUGGAAAGUCAAUCUCGAGUCGCAUCUCAAGCAAUUACACCCUGUGAAAAACUGCUGUAAUAUGUGCGGUCUUAACAAGGAAGGCGAGGAACUGCGUCAGCACAUUGUAGAGGCCCACAAUGUAAAAAAAAUGUACAUUUGCAAGGUCUGUGAUUCUCAACACGCGUCUAUUAUGGAAAUGCGAGAACACGAAAAGACGCACGCUUUAGACCCACUGCAUCGUAUUACUUGUGAUUUUUGCAACGAGGAAUUCGGCAGAAAAAAGAGUUUAAAGGGUCAUGUUCUGCGCCACAUUUUUGGUUCUUUCAGUUGCUCCUUAUGUGGACUUCAAUGCAAAACUGAAGAUGUCUUGAAACAGCACAUGGUUGGUCACCAGAAGAGCCAGUUCGCCUGUUUGUGUGGCGAAAGUUUUGAAACCAAAGCAGACCUACAAAUGCAUGAAAAAAUCACUCCGUGCAAACCGUUCUUCAAUCAACCGAUACACCGAGCAGAUCUUUUUGUCGAAGUAUCCAUCGAAGAUGCUUACAGUGAGCAAACCUUACCCAUCAAUAAUCAAGCCACCGUGACCAAAGUGAAAACGUGCGGUGUCCCCAAAGAAGAAGUUUUUCACAUUAGCAUAGUUGACGUGCCUGCUCCAAGCUCUAAAAACUUUCUGGACUCGCUUGCUGCUGCCAAUAAGGCGAAUCAACUUAUCCUGCCAAGGCAGCCAAUUUUAAUAUUGAACUCAAAUGGUGCAGAGGCCACUCUUAUUGAGAAUAAAGCUCCUGGCAUUAUGUCCUGGGUGGAAGAGAAUGACUCUGGCAUAUCCCAGCAAGCAGCUGAGUGAAACUAUGUUCUAAAAUUUAAACAAUGCGCAAAUUUAAAGAAUAAAAAUUGCAGCACAGCUUAUAUCAUGCUCUUUUGAUUUAAAUUAGUGUUUCUUCCAUUUCAUCAUGUCUACUGUCCUCAAAAUGCUUGACUAAGAAAAUCCGCUGUUUAAGUAUUUAUAGUGCGUUUUCAAUGUAAUAUAACUAGUUUUUACAGAACAAGAGAGAAUCAAUUUUGGCAUCUGACAUGAGACCCACUUAAUAUCGGGUCAGAUUGCAGUGAAAUAUUUGAUUUAUAUAUCCAAGGAGUUAAUGAAAUACUAUAAGUGCUGAAAUAAACCAUUUAAUAUUUUGCCAAACAACUCAAUACAACCACAGGUAAUUACAUCAAUAAUAGGUUGCGAAGUUGGCGGAAGUGAUUAGUGAUUACUAAAACUUUUGAAUCAAGUUUUGCUGGUUUAUG